AUGUCAACUUCGAUCACCCAAGAAUAUCCUAUACGCGAACCACAAAACGCUCAAGAAUUUGUUAAUUUAGUGCAGAACACUAUAGGUCAAAUACAAGAUAAAUUCGGACAAAUGAGUGAUUCUAUCAUGGCAAAAAUUGAUAAUGUUGGAAAGCGCAUCGAUGACCUCGAACGUAACAUUGCACAUAUAAUCUCUCAAACGAACGCUCAGUUGCCAUAA